AUGUCUUUCCUCGAAUACGACUUAUCAAGUUUGAUAUCUACUUUUAAUCGUGAUCUUUUACAUUUACAUUCUUCCAAUGAGUCUUAUACAAAUCAAGAAUUGAAUACAGAUUCUGGAAUGUUAGAAGACUUUCAACUCGUUUCACUCUUCAAUACAAUUUGGAAUCUCUUCAAGACUAACAACAACAAACCGAAUUCAAACUCUGUCUUAAGUAGUACUACAACCACUUCCAAUCUGCUUUCCCUCGCAACUACUAUUAGGCUUCAGACAGAUCUUCGGGAGUUGACUUCUAAUUUCAUAAACUUACAACAAUACUCCGACCUAUCUACUUUUGACCCACCGCUUGAGUUGGUACUUAAACCGGUAGCUACUCCUAUCACGUCAUUUGAAGAUACUCACAAGUUAUCUACACCAGUUGGAAGUCCGUCUAUAACUUUACCUAGGAUAGAUUUAACAACUGUUAGAUCUAAUGAUACACUUGGACAUACCUUUCCUGUUGGCUUCAGAGCUACAUUUGGUGGAGCUCAUCAUUUAGGAAAUGUUCAUAUUCUGAUAGUCAUUCACAAUCAAUUGAACUCACAAUCUAAGAAAACUUGUGCAAUUUGUAUGGAUUCUGUAAAUGAUCAAGCCGAUUUAAUCAAAUUAUCACGUACCCAUUUCUUUCAUGCAAAAAGUCGUAUAAUUCCAUGGAUCCAAAGGAAUCCAAGUUGUCCAGUAUGUCAGUAUAAACUUGUGGAUAUAGAUCUGUUGUUUCGUGAAAACAAUUCAAGAUUACCUGAUCAUCUUUAUCAAGCUUAUUAUGAAAGUCUUUUUAAAAAUCAUCAUCUUUCUGCUCAAUCUAAUCCUUCAACUUAUCCUAGACAGAAUUCUAAUGAUCAAGCUGUUGUGAUGCCUACUAUCUGGGAUUCUCAUUCUCGUUUUAUGAUGUAA